UACGGUACGUUGUUAAGUAUGUUCGACUAACUUUUGAAGUAGGAAUAGAAAUUCGAGCAUGUGAUAUGCGCGUAAAGUAUAAAUCAGUGUUUUUAUUCACCAUAAACAGAUAUGAACGUUGAUACUCGUAGACACUCUCGCCAUUCACUCCAAAUUCAGCGAAGAAAGUCUUCAUAGUGUUCAAUGCUGAGAGCACGAAUUCUAACCUCCAAAUUCGUGUGCAUACGUGUAUAUAUUAUUACAGCUUAUUAAAUUAACACUGUAAAUAGCCGAUAUAUGUACCAAUAAAAGCUUUUUUCGUGUAUUAUAAUUUCACCGUAUGUCACAAUAAUUCUCCUUCAUGUUAAUCUUAAAAAAUAUAUAACAUUUUCUUCUUAACAAAGAAUCAAGAGAAAUGAAGAGCAUGAUCUUUCUCAAGAAUUCGAUCAUUCAAAGUAUCGGAAAUGUCCAUCACUUGUCACAAUCGUCUGAAUAUUGACGCAACUUUUUUUACGACUAUUGCGAUUAUUUUGAAUUAUAAAUUUUCAUUGGCUGAUUUUAAGCCCGCCAAAAUAUGUCAAUCUUACAAUUUCGAAAAACGAUAAAAGUGAAAGAGUUGUACAAUAUGUUCGUGACAUGAUUUAACCUAUGACCUUGAGCUUUCGAUACGUAUUUUGUAAUUUAAUUCGUAAUAAUAUAUUCAAUGAAACUAUUUUUUAAAUCUAACGUUUCUUAUUUAUUUGAUACGAAUGCCAUUUGUAUUUUUAAAAGUGAACACAGCGAAAAGAAAGUUACGUUUAUUUAAACGUUGUUUCCCCUUAAUAAAUCAGUAACAUAGAAUGAGACAAUUGUCGCUUGUGAUUUCAUAACCUUUUCUUCUAAUUUCUAAUACGUUUUUACAUUUAUUACAACAUUUGAAUAGUUUGUUUUAAAAAAUGGCUAAUUUAAGUGCAUAUAAACAACAAAUACGACUUAUCAAACAAUAUGCUCUUGAACAUAAUAUAUCAGAAUCACAAACCACUGAGAUAUUUAACAAGUGUUUUCAAAUGCUUGAGAUAAAAUAUAGUAAAAAAACUUGGAGUAUUUUAAAAUUAUUAAAAUAUAUUACAACAUUUAUAUGUGUAUUAUUAAUUAUUUUCAUUGGCCUAUAUAAUCAUCCUUUUUAUAAUACUAUGGUAUUGAGAAAUCUGCAGAGUUCUAUUUAUCCUGGUUUAAAAAUUUUGCGUAAAAUAGCUUUACCAAUUAUUGAAAAGUAUCCAAUGUUGUCAGAAUUAUAUGAUGAAUGGUGUUUAGUUGAAAAUCAAUUUUUUUAUGUUAGCGAUAUGGAUUGUUGGCCAUGUAGUAUCAUGAGUUCGGUACCUGAUCUAACAAACCACAAUAUAACUAAAACAUUUAAUAUUGGCAUUCCCUAUACAAAAGCAGAAAAUAAUGUAGCUGUUAAUAUGCAAGAUUUAUUUGAGAUGUACUGGUAUAAUAAUAAUACAUUUAAAGAAGAUUCUAAUAAAAUAUUUUCUAAUAAUGAUGCAUAUCGCACCAUCCAUGAUGUUAUGGAUAAAAGAUUGGAUAUUUAUCCUUCUGAGUCCCUUACGACUCAUAUAACAUGGAGAAUAAAUCGUAUGAAACCUGGAAGGAUUAUACGGAAAUUGUUCCCAAAACCUAUGGAAACUCCUAAUUGGUGGGGUCAAAGUAUAGAGAAAUUUAUAUUUAUUGAUGAAGCAAACUCUCCACUUUAUUCAUUGCCGAGACCUGAGUGCAGUAAUGUUAUAUUAAGAUUUACUGAUGGAGCAAGGUUAAUAAAGAUGAUGCCAAGCUUAGAAUGUCAACAAAAUUGCAAAACUUCUACAAUUCUUCUUUCAAAUGGAUACACAUGUAUGUUUCUUUUUUAUAUCUAUGGUCUAUUUUUAAUAGAAGGAAACCUACUAAUUUUUAUAAUUCUUUUAGUAUGGUAUAAUUGGUGGUAUUGGCGUCCAAUGAGUCUACCAGUUUCUAAUUCAACUACUAUUUCUAUAAGUUAUCUUACUUCAUUUUGUUAGAAUUAUAAAUUUUGUUAAGAUUAAUAAAUAAUAAAUAGGUGCAAUAUAAUACUUUUGCCAAAGUUUGUACAAUAAAUAAUUUUAUAUUUUGUAUCAUCACAA